AAUCUCUUCAACUUUCCUUCCCCCUCUGCGAGAGAAAAGAAACAGAGAGAGAGAGAGAAAGAGAUCUCCGUAGCCUCACCUCAAUAAUCCUCACAAAACGAUUCAUCCUUCAAAUUUUUGUUUUGUGAGAGCGUGAGGAGAGAGAUCUCUUUUCUUCUCUUUUCUUUUCCUUUCUUUUCUCUCCUUUUCUUUUCUAUUCCUUCUGUCAUUUUGAAAGAAACACAGAGAAACAGAAAAUUAUCAAUUUUUAUUGUUUCCAACGGAUAUAAGAAUCUAAGAAAGGAAGUGACUCUUUCUCUCUAAACAACAGAGGAGGUGGUUGGAAUCUGAUGGGAAAAAUGGAGGAGACAUGUAACAAGACAGGGCAUCCAGCACCACCCCCAUUACCUAGUCCGGCGACCACCAGCAACUACCUUCGAAGGCAGCUAACGAUGGAUGGCCAAACAUUAAGAGGACAUAGCAGUGUCUCUAUCAGAACCAAGGAUAUGUGGGAACUCUUGUUUGAUGAAGGCUAUAGAGCAGAUGUUAGAAUUAAUACCGACAAGGGUGGCUCCAUCUACGCACAUGCCAAUAUUCUUGGCAUGGCUUCUCCUGUAAUAAGAGGCAUGUUAAAGCAAGCAAAGAACCGAACUCGACAACGAUCAAUCUUAAUCCGCGGUGUUCCUCACGAUGCCGUUCGAAUUUUUAUUCGAUUCUUAUACUCUUCUUGUUACGAGAAAGAAGAAAUGGAGGAAUUCGUGUUGCAUCUGUUGGUGCUCUCGCAUGUUUUUGUGGUUCCAGAAUUGAAGAAAAUUUGCGAGAAUAAGUUAGAGCAAAGCUUUCUUACAACCGAAAACGUCGUCGACAUAUUUCAGCUUGCAUUACUGUGCGAUGCUCCAAGGCUCAGCCUCAUCUGCCACCGCAUGAUUGUCACCAACUUCCAGGAAAUCUCCACCACAGAAGGCUGGAAAGCGAUGAAACAGAGCCACCCUGUGCUCGAAAAGGAGCUUCUUGAUUCCAUGGUUGACUUAGAAACUAGGAAAAACGAGAGGAUUAGGAAAUUAAAUGAGAGGAAGAUAUAUUUACAAUUGUACGAGGCAAUGGAGGCUCUUGUUCAUAUAUGCAGAGAUGGUUGUCGGACAAUCGGACCACAUGAUAAAGAUUUCAGGGAGAUUAAGGCACCUUGUCCUUAUUCAGCAUGCAGGGGACUAGAAAUGCUGGUUCGCCAUUUCGCCAGUUGUAAGAUGAGAGUUUCUGGAGGUUGCAGUCAUUGCAAGAGAAUGUGGCAGCUAUUAGAGCUGCACUCUCGUCUCUGCGCUGAUUCCAACUUGUGCAGAGUUCCCCUUUGCAGGAAUUUCAAGGUGAGGAUUAGGAAACAAAACAAGAAGGAUGAGGUUAAGUGGCGAAUUCUAGUGAAGAAGAUUCUUAGAACAAAGAGAAUUGGAAGUUCCCCAUUUUUUUCAUUGGCAAUUUCCUGUUCUUCUUGAUAUGAAAAAAAAAAACAAAAAACAAAAAUAAGAGAAAAUUUUCCAGGUGUAAAUUGGUUUUAGAAAGUAGGGACAAUGCAAUCCAGGAAAUUGUUGCUUCUUUCGACCUGGACUCAACAAUAAAAAAAAAUAUCAUAUAUAUUAAAAUUGUAAUAGGUCGAAUUUAUAAAAAUAUAUCGAUUAUUUAAUAUUAAUCGAGUGUGUUAGAAAUUUUCGAUGUUAAAUUGAUAAGAAAUAUAUUUCCUUGUCAAAUUCUUGA